AUGUACAAGUCGCUGGUAACUAGAGAAUAUUGCUUUUUCUUAGUUAACCUGAUCUUGGUUGUUGCAGUGUCUCCGUUUUCUCCCUUCCUUCGCAAGCGACCCCAUGAUAUUGACUAUCUCUAUGCAGCCUCACGUUCAAAACUCGCUAAAACUUCGCCUUCCGAGCUGGGAAAGCUCAAUAACUACAUGUCACUGCAGGAAAAACCUGCUGAAAGAAUCUUGGAUGAUCGCCCUACAUCCGACUUGAUCCCCCCUAUUUCCCUCCUCUACAAAGGCUUUGGUCACUUCCUGGAUGUCUCUUGCGGCCGCGAGGUUAGACCUCACUUGAGUAAGGAGCAACAGGACCUGAAAGGGGCUGUCGAUUCUUUCGCGAAACAAAUGACUCAAAUUUACGACGAUGAGGAUAGCAGGAAGAUGGAUGGUUUACACGGCCUAAACAACAUUUUGCUUUGUGGGAGUGAUAAAAGACUUAUGGUGGCCUCCAUUGGUAGUGUUCGCACAGACGGUCACUUUGAUGGACCACUCGAAGCAGCACUGUGCAUAGUCGAAUUCAAAAAUGAUCUCGUCGAGAUCAGCGCUAUUCCUGCAGUCGAGCUUACUUCCUACGUUGCCCACUCGCACGCGUUGGCUAUGGGACGUUUCGGCGGAGUAUUUAGGAAUUGGAGGGUGCCGUGCCUUGGUUUGACGGUUGUUGGUCCAUAUGUCACGUUCUACGCUAUCAUCUUCCUUCAGCAGUGGCGUGUCGUCCCUCUCACCCCCGCUUUGUCGUGCGUUGCAACUGCAUGCGAAGGUGCCGACCGACGCGCUCUAUAUGCAGCUUUUGCAGGUACCCUGCGUCUAUUAAGCUGCAUAGAUGAAGAUGCAAAACGCUUCGCCGACACACCGCCCACGAUCGAGCUUGCAGAUCCAAUGUUCCCCUAUAUUUCGACGGUGCGCAAGCAUGAGAGAACGGACGAGGAAAUCCAAUUUCGGAUUAUUCGGCGCCACCCCCCCGAAUCAGACUAUCGCCUCCUGUACAUUGCUGAAACAAUUCCCGAUAGGAAUCAAAUCUUCCUGAAGUUCACACGUAGUUACUCGAUCCCACUGCAUGUGUUUUGUGCCUCACGUGGACACGCACCAGCCAUUGUCGGGUCCCAGUCUCUACCAGGAGGUUGGUUGGUUAUUGCCAUGGAGUACCUUUCGUCAUCUGUACCACCAUCCGAUUCACCGAACUUGACCCUUUUCUGCGAUCAGUGGAUAGCUGACUUGCAAGCGCUCAUGCAAGCAUUUCAUGACGACGGCCUGGUUCAUGGAGACCUACGAGAGCCAAACAUCCUUUGCGAUGGAGAAAAGCUGAUGUUAAUCGACUUUGAUUGGGGUGGAAAACUCGGUCAGGCAUGUUAUCCGGACGCACCGCUCUGUUCCGAGUUGACAGAUGGGCGAACUCACACUGACCUCAUGAUUACGAAGGAUGAUGAUGUGCGGGUCUUGCAGAACACGCUCAAAAAACUUGAAGGAAAAAAGACACUGAGGCGAAGGUGA